UCCCCUCUCAGUGCCAUCCACAGAGCUAACUCACAGUGGCAGGCUGUGAAAGAUUGUGUGAAGAGUGUGUGUCGUGAAUGUGUGUGUGACAACUAGGAGAGAACCAAAGCCCAUCAGUUGGAAUGGACCACAGCAGCAAUAACACCGCAAUCGAGUAGCGUCUCGAGAGCACCUGAGGGAUUACAACUCCAACUCGAGAAGAAGUCGUUAAGGUUUUUACUGCCCCUCAUUGCGCGCCCGGUGGUGUUAACGCGAAAACAGGAACGAGAGUAAACACGUGAAAUAAGAAGGUUCCAAUUCAGUCCCAGCCUUCCCGAGUUUGGCGCCGUGACACAGAAAAAAAUUAUUUCUGUGUAUUUUUAGCAUCCUCUCUUUUCCCUAUCCUCCCAUCUUUUCCUCUCUCUCUGUGUGGAGAGAGAGCAGGAGACGAACGGACCGGGUGACACAGCUGCGAGUCUCACGCCUCUCCGGUUGAUCUCUGUGGAUGUGUGAUGAUGGAUUAACUGUAUUUAACGGGGUCCCACGUAUCUCCGGUACUUCACUAGACCACCGCCGCCAGCUCUCGUCCCUCCCCCUGGGAGCGCGUGGCAGAGAUCCCUGCCAUACUUUCUGUGGAUUACUUCAACUCUCUUUGGGAUUUUUCUCUCCUGGUAGAAUUCGCGAUGACCGCGGAAUAUGUUUUACGGUCCCUGCUGAUGCUCUUCCUCGCGCUGCUCUCGGCCAACGCCAGUAACUGGCUGUACCUGGCUAAACUGUCGUCGGUGGGCAGUAUCAGUGAUGAGGAGACGUGUGAACGUCUGCGAGGACUCAUCCAUAAACAGGUGCAGAUCUGUAAGCGCAGUGUGGAGGUGAUGGAUGCUGUUCGGCACGGGGCUCAGCUAGCCAUAGACGAGUGCCAGUUUCAGUUCCGGAACCGCCGAUGGAACUGCUCCACACUGGAAACCAUGCCUGUCUUUGGCAAGAUUGUCACACAGGGCACUCGGGAGGCAGCCUUUGUUUAUGCCAUCUCAGCAGCCAGUGUGGCGUUCGCUGUGACCCGGGCCUGCAGCAGCGGAGAGCUGGAGAAAUGUGGCUGCGACCACAACGUCCACGGAGUCAGUCCAGAAGGGUUCCAGUGGUCAGGCUGUAGUGAUAACAUUGCUUAUGGAGUGGCCUUCUCUCAAUCCUUUGUUGAUGUGAGGGAGAGGAGUAAAGGACAGUCCCCCAGCAGAGCACUCAUGAACCUACACAACAAUGAGGCCGGGAGGAAGGCCAUUCUGAGCCACAUGCGUGUGGAGUGUAAGUGUCAUGGCGUGUCAGGGUCCUGUGAGGUGAAGACCUGCUGGAAGGCCAUACCCCCAUUCCGCAAGGUGGGCAACGCCAUCAAGGAGAAAUUCGACGGCGCCACAGAGGUGGAGCAGCGCAAGGUGGGCACCACCAAGGUCCUGGUGCCACGGAACUCCCAGUUCAAACCUCACACAGACGAAGACCUGGUCUACCUUGACCCCAGUCCCGACUUCUGUGACCACGACCCGCGCACACCAGGCAUGCUGGGUACAGCGGGGCGGCAGUGUAACCGGACAUCAAAGGCCAUCGAUGGCUGUGAGCUGAUGUGCUGCGGCCGGGGCUUCCAGACAGAGGAGGUGGAGGUGGUGGACAGGUGCAGCUGUAAGUUCCACUGGUGCUGCUAUGUCAAGUGCAAACAGUGCCGCAAGAUGGUGGAGAUGCACACCUGCCGGUGAUCACCAUGGAAAUCCCCAAUGGAGACCCAAACAAAUGCCCCAUCACACCCCACUCUCUCCUUUCUCACCUGCACAGAAGGGUGGGAGGGAGGGAGAGGGGUAUGGUGUUUGUGGUUUACCUUUUCCCCGUUUCAAAACCAUCUCUAUUCCUUUACAAUAGACCCCGGGAACAAACAGACAGAGGUGGACAGAGGACAUGGGCGUUCCCAGUCAGUUCAUACAAUGUUAAAGGAAAAUGAUACACAUGCACGGGAUGUAUAGAACU